AUGGCUGAAUCACCCAGUGAAAUUUCUGACAGUCUUGAUGUUCUGGAGGCUGGUGAUGAGGGAAAGAAGAAAUCCAAAUUUAAAGCCCUUAAGAGCUUUUUUGGUAAGAAGAAGAAAAAAGAGGCUGAAGAUAGCCAGGAAGAAGAAAUUCUAGAACCGAGUUUGUCCAGAAGCAACAUUAACAUCUCUUCUCUGGAGCCUGUUCGGGAAAAGCAACCAACUGGGGCCAGGGCCAAGAGUGGCAUGGGGAGCAAAGCCCUAUCCCAUGAUAGCAUCUUCUUCUUGGAUCCUAAGCCUGAAAGAUCAGCAAGUAAAAUGAGUCCUUCUAUGGAUCCCCAGAGAGGCAGACCUCGACAGAGAUCCCGUAUUUCCAGAACUCUGCCUAAACCUAAGAGUAAUGUGCGUGGAGCUGUGUCUGGAGCCAUGUCAGGAGCUGUGCCUACAAGUGCAGUCUGGGCUACGAGCCCCAAGAUCACUGAGAACCCACCAUCGCGCCGACGCCGACUCAGCAUCAUCCCACCUGUUAUCCGAACUGACUCAACUUCUAAGGACUUGGUAGAAAUUUCUGUCGAUGAUGAGUCACCUAAGAAUCCACAAAAGAAGGCUUUACCACAUGAGAUUUUGACAGCGACUCAGAGUUUCUCUGAGCUAUUACCUGGACCUGACUGCUCACAGUCCUUGACUGCAUUUGCCACACUUGCCUCUGACAGCAGCACCCCGCUGCCCGUUGGUUUCAGCACCCCAGCCACCACCGAGGGCUGUUUGGAUUCUUCAGCUGCUCGCCACAAGAUGGCUUUAAAUCCCCGCAAACAAAAGAAGGAGAACCUUCAAGCGAUUGUAAAACCAAACCAGGAGGAGCCAAACCUUCCAUUGGUUUCUGGAGAAGAAAAGAGUAUAACCAAACCAAAAGAAACCAACCAAAAGAAGCUGGGUUCCUCAAGCAAGGAACAGAGCAACAAAACUGAGAUAUAUGACAAGAAGACAACAGACCAGGCUCCAAACUCUGAUGCUACUGGGAGUCAGGGCCAUCCACUGCCAGCAGCAUCUGGAAGAAGACGGAGAAAAAAAGGAGCAAGUAUUUCAGGAUUGAGUGAGUGUGAAUUCAAAGGAAGAAGCCUUAAACAAUCCAGUGAAGGGUAUGGCCUGGGCGAUAGAGCUGCAUCCUCACCUACUGAUAAGACUGCCAGGAAUGUGCCUUUCUGGCACUUAUCCUUGGAGAAGGACAACACGGAGCAGCCUACAACUCCACAACCAGAAACCACUAUCCCUCAGGGGUUGCUUUCAGAUAAAGAUGACAUGGGAAAGAGAAAUGCUGGCAUAGAUUUCGGAUCCAGAAAAGCAUCAGCAACACAGCCUAUACCUGAAGACAUGAAAAAUCCCAUGGCUACUGAUCCACAACCAUACCAUGAAGAUGGGGCUCCUGCAGCUGAGAAGACAGAAGCCACAGCUUCUCUUUCAUUGAUGGUGGAAAGCCCUUCUACAACCCAAGAGGAGGCCAUUCUCUCAGUGGCAGCAGAGGCUCAAGUGUUGACAGAUCCUUCUCAUAUCCAGUCACAAGAGAAAGAAGCUUUCAGCUUUGAGUCACAAAAGGCCCAAUCCAAAACGGAGUCAGCCCAGGAUGUUCAAACUAUCUGCAAAGAAAAGCCUUCUGGAAAUGUUCACCAGGCCUUUACAACAAGUGUUUUGGGUACGACAGGUACUCCAGCCAAAGGAGAUGUUUAUGCCAAGAGUCUGCCUCCUGAAAGCCUUUUUCAGUCCUCAAGGAAGCCUGAUGCUGAAGACGUCUCCUCAGAUUCAGAGAAUAUUCCUGAGGAGGGGGAUGGUUCUGAAGAACUGGCUUGUGGUCACUCUUCCCAGUCCUUGUGGAAGUUUGAAGAUGAACAAAAAGUCUUCUCAGAAUCAAAAAGUUUGGUUGAGGACUGGAGCAGCUCUGAGGAGGAGCUGGACCCCAGAUGCCCUUCCCAGGCUUUAGAAGAGCCCGAAGAUGAAGUCUUCACAGACUCAAGCAGUUAUAUUGAGAAGUAUAACAGUUUUGAGGAUUGCAGCAGCUCGGAGGAAGACCUGCCUGUCAGACACCCUGCUCAGGCCUUGGAGAAGCCCAAAGACCAACAAGAAGUCGCCUCAGCUUCAAAGAAUACUCCUGAAGAGCAGAAUGCUUCCGUGCCGCAGCUGCCUCCCAAACGCCCUUCUCAGCCCAUUAUGAGUCCUGCUGUUCAGCAACAAGUUCGCACCAGUUCAGUGGGCACUUCUACAAAAUGGAGCAGUUCCGUGGAGCCAGUCUCUCCAAGACACCCUUUCGAGGCAUGGGCGAGUCCUAAAUCUGAGCAAAAAGUCUCCACAGGUCCAGAGAGUGCUACUGUUGAGUGGGGCAUUUUUCUUGAACCCCUGCCUCCCAAAAUUCCUUCUAAGCACCGGAUGAGGCCUAAAGCAGAGCAACAAGGCUCCUCAAGUCCAGAAAUUACAAGCAUGGAAGGGGCUGCUUCUGUGGAGGCCCCGCCACCCAGCCAGCAUUCUCAGCCCCUGAUGAGCCCAGAAGUCCAGCAAGAAGUCUCUGCAGGUCCAGAGACUGCUGCUGUUGAGGGGAGCAUUUCUGUGGAGCAAAUCCCUCCCAAACACCCUUUCCAGCUACGGGUGAAUCCAAAAGUGGAGCAAGAAGUUUCCUCAUCUCCAAAGAUCAUGGCUGUUGAAGAAAGUGUUUCUAGGAAGCCUCUGCCUCCUAAACUUCUUUCCCAGCCCUUGAUGAACCCUAAAGUUCAACAGAACAUGUUCUCCGAUUCAGAGGACAUUGCUGUUGAGAAAGUCAUCUCUGCGGAGCCACUGCUCCCCAGAUAUUCUCCUCAGUCCUUGACAGAUCCUCAAAUCCAGCAAAUCUCAGAAAGCACAGCUGUUGAGGAAGGCACUUCUGUGGAGCCGCUGCCUCCCAGAUGCCUUUCCCAGCCCUCUGGAAGGCCUAAGUUCCUAGAAUCAAUGAGUACUUCUGCAGAAUGGAGCAGUCCUGUGGAGCCAAUGCCUACUGGACAAACCUUCCAACCACGGGCGAGUCCUAAAUUUGAGCGGCAAGUAUCUGAAGGUCCAGAGAGCACUGCAGCUGAUGGGAGCAUUUCUAUGGAGUCGAUGCCUCCCAGACAUCCUUUCCAGCCAUGUGUCAUCCCUACAUUUGAGCAACAAGUCUUUGCAGAAGUCUUUGCAGGUCCAGAGACUGCUGCUGCUGACUGGGGCAUUUAUACAGAUCCACUGCCUCCCAGAGUGCCUUCUCAACGCAGGAUGAGAUCAAGAGCCAAGCAAGCAAUUUCCUUGGAUUCAAUGAGCAUUUCUGCAGAAAGGUGCAGCUCUGUGGAGCCAACAUCUCCCAGAAGCCCUUUCCAGCCACAGGUGAGCCCUACAUUUGAGCAACCAGUCUCCGCAGCUCCAGAGAGCACUGCAGCUGAAGGGACUGCUUCUAUGGAGCUGAGGCCUCCCAGACAGCCUUCUCAGCCCCUGAUGAGACCAGCAGUAGAGCAAGAAGUCUCCUCAGGUUCAAUGAGCACUUCUUCAGAAUGGAGCAGUCCUGUGGCAUCUUCCAAAUACACUUUCCAGCCAUGGGUGACUCCUAAAUUUGAGCAACUGUAUCAACUCUCUGCAGAUCCAGAAAGCACUACUGUUGAAGGGAACAUUUCUAAGGAGCCGCUGCUUCCCAGACAUCCUUCCCAGUUUACUGUGAGGGAUAAAAUCCAGCAAUUGUCCUCAAAUUUCAAGAGCACUGCCAUUGAAGCAGGCAUUUCUGGGGGGCCACUGCCUCCAAAAUAUCCUACCCAGUUCUUAACGAGGUCUAAAGUUCAAGAAAUGGCCUCGCGUCUAGAGAACACAGCUGUUGAAGGCAUUUCUAAGAAAUCACUGAUUCCCAGACGUCCUGCCCAGUCAUUCGUGAAGUUUAUGGCACAGCAGAUCUUUUCAGAGAGCUCUGCUCUUAAGAGGGGUGGUGAUGUGGCACCUUUGCCUCCAAAACUUCCUUCCAAAUCUUCGUUGAAGCCUAAAGUCAAGCACCAAGUUUUUUCAGAUUGGGGGAAUGCUAAUCCUAAGGGAGGCAUUGCUUCGAAGAUGCUGCCUAUGAAGCACCCUUUACAGUCCUUGGGGAGACCUGAAGACCCCCAAGAAGUUCAAGAAGUUUUCUCAUAUUCACAGAGUGCUCCUGGGAAAUGCAGCAGUUCUAAAGAGCAGCUGCCUCCCAGACAGCUUUCCCAGGCCUUGGGGAAACUUGAGUAUGAGCAAGAAGUCUCUUCUGUUUCUGCCAGCUCUCCUGAAGAGUGGAGGAAUUCCAAAAAGCAGCUGCCUCCCAAACAUUCUUCCCAAGCCUCAGAUAGGUCUCAAGUCCAGCCACGGAUGUCAUCAAUGGGCCCAGCGAAUGUACCUAUAAAGCGGAGCAGCAGUGAGAAGCACCUGCCUCCAAGUAGCCCUUUCCAGCGACAGGUUCAUUCAAGUUCUGUGGGUGCUGGUGCUGGGCGAUCUAUUUUUGAGAGCAAUUCUGACAACUGGUUCCUACAAAGAGAUCAAGCUUUUGCAAACAAAACCAAGAAGUUCAGCCAAGGUUCCAAAAACCGCAUAAAGAGCAUCCUGGCCCCUGCUACCAAACCUGAGAAGUUCACUAUUGCCCCUACUGGGCAAACAUCCACUUCUAAGGGCAUUUACUCCAAGGAAGAAGUUCUUGAGAGUAGUGAUGGAAAUAAUAACCAGCAUUCAGGCCUAUCCAACCAGGCUCAUGUUGAAAACCUUUUUGGAGUUCGACUGAGAAGAGUCCCUUCCUUGCAGAAGUAUGAGAGUGAGAAACAAGAUUACUUCACCCAGCUUGCUUCAGUGCCCUUGGGCCCAGUUUCAUCCUUUGUAGGUAAGGAGCAUAAAAUCAGAAGAAGCACUUCCGAGGGGCUCCUGAGUGCUGCAGGGAACCUCACCAAAAUAUCUAACUUUGCAGAGAAGCAACAGAGCAGGCCAAAAUCUGAAAGCAUGGCCAAGAAGCAACCUGCUUGCAAGACCCCAGGAAAGCCUGCUGGUCAACAGUCAGAUUAUGCCAUCUCAGAGCCAGCUUGGAUAACUAUGGCAAAGCAGAAGCAGAUGGGUUUCAAGGCCCAUAUUCCUAUGAAAGAGCUGAAAACCAAGAGCAGAGCUGGAGCCAAGGCUGAAACUAAGGAGCCUAAAUAUGGGGGAGCUGGCCCUGCAAAUGAAAACCAAGCUAAAAAGAUUUUCACUUCCAAUGUCUACAAACAGGAGAAGAGAGCACAGAUGAAGCCACUUAAGCCUAUAAAAUCAGUUGGAUUUGAGGCUCAGAAGAUACUGCAAAUGCCUGCCAUGGAAAAAGAAACCAAACGAUCUUCAACUCUCCCAGCCAAGUUCCAAAAGCCAGGUGAGCCAGUUGAGCCUGUCUGGUUCUCCCUGGCCAGGAAGAAAGCCAAAGCAUGGAGCCAUAUGGCAGAGACCACAGAAUAAAGAGCUCUUGUAUGGAGCAUCAGCAUUUUAAAUGAUAAUUGCUAAUAACCAUAUUAAUUCUAUGUAGUGAUCUUUUCACCGUGUGACCACUUUUAUUAAGCAAAAUAAGUAUUAAGCAAAGUAUGAAUUUAUUAAGCAAAAUAAGAAUUUAUUAAGCAACAUAGCAUUAGAAAUGCGAAUUAAAACAUAAUUAUUUGAAUGAAAUAAAUGCCGUGAAUGCUUCACCUUCCAUAUAGUCACUGCCAGCAUCCAGAAACCUAGCAUUUUCUCUAUUAAAACUAUGGGAAACAUUUGCACUGCUGUAGAAUUGCAAAGUCUUUAACUUUGGACAAUGUGCUUUAGAAGGGAUAAAACAAAAACAUUUUGUUGGAGCAACUAAAAAAUUGUCAUUUCUCUUAGCCAAAUAAAGUGAUUCUAAUGGAAACAUUCGGAUGAUUUGAUGCAAAGAUUGGCCUUUAGGAUUUAUGAGCCUAGAUGGAUGCUACAAUUAUUUGGUUGUUGCUCCAAGCUUUGCAAAGGCUCCUAGAAGAGGUGGUGGAAGUGAAAAUUCUGGGUCUCCAAGAAAAUCUCUGCACAGCCAGUUCUCCAAUCAGCCUACCACCCCUUGAAAUAUCUUCCCUGUGUCCCUGAGGGCCCCUGAUGCUUUCACCUUGAGUGAUAGUAACAUACAGAACACUUACACAAAGCUCCCUCUUGGCACAUGCCCCAUGUCGACCUGUCACAGGCCUGGCUGCAGCACCUCCCUAUGAGGCAGAAUGCUUCUUGGAAAUUAUCUUCAUCCUCUGGAUGGUUAGUCCAUCAGUGUUUUGCCUCUCAUCCCAAUACUACUGUGACCCCCGCUGAUUGCACAGAAAUCACUGCCUGUCAUAUAUAUCCUGUUAAGCACUGAAGACCCUUUUGAAAUUAGAGCUCUACAGGUGCCAAAAGCUGUACUUACCAUCAAGCAGAUGGCAAGCUUGCCACCUUGAUGCACAUCUGGGGCAACUGGAGUUCCUUCCUCUCUGGUUCCAGCCUUAAGGUGCAGAACUCCAUGAAGCUUCUUGUCCUUUUUCCUCAGCUGUCUUUGCUUCACAAGGUUUUAGCCCAAAGCAAGAGUGCAAUCCAAAAGCCACAGAGAAAUGAACUUUCUGCUAACUGGAAGCUUUGAGUAAAUCAGUAUUUUCCCACUCAUUCCUAGAGGCACACACCUCAAAAGUUACUAGGCUGGAGAGACCCUACCUUCCAGUGACCCACUCAUCCCCCAGCCACGGAGAAGAGGGAAGGCCAAAACGGAAGAGUGAGAAAGAGGAUGAGAGGGAUGGUCAGCUAUGAGGGGAGGGGGCAAGUAGCCCAGCACAUGUUGAUGCCUCCUUUUCCAUCUUGCCACACAGCCUUUUUCUUUUGCAGCACUGCCUCCAUUAACAGCUCCUCGGCUGAGGGUAAAGAUGUAGGCACCUUUGCCCCCAGAGCCGGUUCCUUAAUUGGCUGGCUUUCUAAUAUGCAGACCACCCCAGAAUCUCAUCUAGGUUCACUAGAAGUUAGUUAAAUCUUCCUUUUUAUGUCUUUCCCUUCAUUCCAUCCCCCAAACCCACCAAACACUAAAGGAGAGCUCCCUUUGGAUGCCUGGGUAGUAAGUCUAGCUCAUUUUUUCUAGGAGACCCAGAAGUAACUUCUCAGUAUAGUUAUGACUGUGUCUGCUUCUGUGACACUGUGCUGCUUUGCUAAAUAGAAAUGCAGGCCUGGGCAUCCGACUGUGCCUUUAUAUUCUGAGUGGGGUGCUGCCCCAUGCAAAAAAAAAAAAAAUCCAGAGAGGCACUGAGGUGUCAGAGCUAAACACUUGGUGCUGGAUUUUGUUGAUGCUGGUAUAAUGUGACAUGGUACAAUCACAUGCUAGAUUUUGCAUUUUCUCUAUAUAACAUCUAUUUUUCCUGAUACUGUGCCUUUGCCAUUUGGAUAAUGCUAGGUUUUUGACUGAGUGAAUUUCACUUCUUUUGUAUUCCCAUAGUGAACAAUAUAUUAAGGUAGAUGCCCUUUAUCCCAGUACUCCUGGUAGAUUAGCUGUUAUACCUCCCUUCCCUUUUUUACAGUGAACCUGUAUUCAGUUAUUCUCACUCUGACAACUCUCCAGUAACAAUUUCUUUUCCACAGUUAACAACAAAGCUCUGUUUUGAAAUGAAGAGAUUGAGUUCUUUUUAAAUGCUAAAAGCACAUUCUGACAAGUUUUCUACUUCUUUAGCUUUCUUGAUUUAUGAUAUAUGCAAAGCAAAUAAAUUCAAUAAAGCCUA